CAUAUCUCAUUUCCCUUAUUAUUCCUGGCAGCGGAUUCCAGUUCUGUCGGUUUCCCCGCUGCUAGUACGCUCGCGUCCCUUCCUCACUCGUUUGGAAAUAUAUUUGUCACCUAGCUCAUAGCAUAUCUGUCUUCAACGUAGGAAAAUAUUACAUUCGCCGCUGUUUAACAGUACCAAGAACCCACACUUUCUACCUUUUACAACAAACCGCACAAAGCGGCCAUGUAUCUAUCAACAAGUCUGAUCACGGCAUAUAUCCUGGCAGCUGGCAGGGUCCUCGCCUCUGGACCGCUCCAGCCAAGACAAGCCGCCGACCCCGCCUCAUUCACCAAAGCCAUCUCAGCGCUCGUGCACACCUACCUCCCCUUGGACGUCUACGCCCGCCUGACCGCGACCGUCACGGCCCUGGUCCCCGCAGCCGAGGCCACCCAGGGCCCGGAGGCGAUUCUCGUCUCCGCCCUGGCGGCCUCUCCACCGCCGGCCUGGCUGACCCAAGCCUUCGGCCCUGAAGCCGCCGUCUACCAGUCCGGGCUGGCCCAAGGUGUCGAGCAGAUCCGCCCUGGCGGCAGCGGCGUCACCACCACCACGGCCACCGAUGGUCCAACGGAGACCGAGGCCGCUGCUAACGCUACCUCGUCAUCCAGUGAGGGCGCCGCCGCCAGGCCGACGCUUGCUGCCGUCGGAGUGCUUGGAAUGGCCGGCCUAGUGGCCGUGGUCUUGUAA